CAUUCCGAUAAUGAAAGCUCUUCGUUUGGUGAGUCUCUGUGUUGGUUUGAUGGUUGAAUAAAGAAGGCCGCAGCCUGUGAUGGCCUGAAAUGAGAAUAAAUGUAGUUCUGGAGGAGGAUAAAGGGAUCCUCCUCUCCCUCUAAAUUCUCCUCAAACAGACUAGAAAUCAGAUUAAAACAAGCUGAAAGACUCCUCCUUUUGCCUGUUUGGCUUGGUGAUCCCAUUCUGCUCCUUUCUCAGCAGAAAGCUGGAGCCCCCCCAAUCGAAAAGUGGUCACAGUCUUUAUUAAAGGGAUUACAGCUCUGCCUCGCUCCCAUUGGGCUGACCCGCCGUGCCAGUGACGGCUGGAUGACAUGCUUCAUCCUUAACAAGCUUCUGACUUCCAGCCUCUGCGCGCUUUUACGCACGUGCGCAUGGGGUAGUCUGACUCACCUGAGAAGUUACCUUUCCUCCCUGAGAUGGCAAAGCCAGUGGACCACAUUAAGAGACCCAUGAACGCCUUCAUGGUUUGGUCCAGGGGCCAAAGGAGGAAAGUGGCCCGCGAAAACCCGAAGAUGCACAACUCAGAGAUCAGUAAGCGGCUGGGCGCGGAGUGGAAGACGCUGUCCGACUCUGACAAGCGCCCGUUCAUCGACGAGGCCAAAAGGCUGCGGGCGCAGCACCUGCAGGAGCACCCGGACUACAAGUACCGACCCCGCCGCAAGCCCCGCGCCCUCCUCCGGCGGGGGGAGGCCUCUGGAGGGGGCCCUCUUCUCCUCGGAGACAAAGCCAGAGCCUUCAUCGCCGCCGGACCUUCAUCCUCCUUCUCAUACCUGGAACCCCUACCGCACUUCAGCACCGGAGCUGGCCCGCGCCCGCCGGACGUGCCGCACGCCCUGGCCUACAGCGCGCUCGGAUACCAGACUGGGGGGUUCGGGGGUCUGGGGUGCGCCGGGCAGCAGCCCCCUCCGGCCCCCGUGAGCUGCGGCUGCUGGCCCCCAGCCGGGCUGCAGCCUCAGGUGGCCUACAUCCUGUUUCCUGGAGGGGUGGGGCGGACAGACGCGUUCUGCGCCGCGCGCGCGGGGCUGUGACAGGACGAGCGCGAGCCCAACUCAACCCGGGAGGGAGGACGUUUACUCUGAAAGCAGAACUGCAUCGUUCCACGUUUCUGUAAAUGUUUAAAUAGAGUCUAAUAAUAAUAAUAUUCUUGUCUUUGUACAUAUUAAGUGUCCUUUUCUGAGUUAGUUAUUGGACUGAAUCUCUUUAUUUUAAGUAAAAAUUCUAUCAGUUUGAUGAAUCUCCUGUUUCUGUUCUGAGUCACAGAAUUGUGGUAAAAAUAACUAGAAAAAUUACAUUUUUCGCUUAAUUGCGUAAUUGCUAAAGGUGGUUGCUUUAAUUGCUUAAUUGCAUGACUUUAACCAUUUAACACCGGAGCUCCAGCGUUUAUGUUCUUUCAUUUUCUCUAACUUUUCAACCAUUAACACAAUCAAUGAGCCGCUUUUC